AUGAAUAAUUAUUGUUUCUUAAAUGAGAAGUCAUUAAUUCCUGUUCAUAAAUGGUUAUUCGAAGCAGGCGAUGGUUCAUCAGCAUCUUUUCGUCAUCAUACACUGAAAUCGCGCGGAAAUAGAAUCAUUAAAAGAAAAAAGUCUCGGUCACUAUCAUCAGCAAUGACAGAUUGGUUCUAUGCAUUUAUCAAGAAUAUUUUCACAGUUCACGAUGCAUAUCCGCUGCAAAAUAUGACUGACUAUACGGCUGUCUCGAUUAUCGGUGAACCAUUGAGUCAAAAUAAUAUAUCCUCAGCACGAAUGAUCACUACUGUUGCCAGUAGUUCGAAUCUGAACUUAGUUCAUCCAUCGAAAUCUACGCAAACAAAUAACAACGAGCAACAACUAAUAAUAGGGCCAAAUUAUUGCUUUUCGACGAUGGAUGGACGAAUAGUACCACUCUUACUAAGAUCUCCAUCGUCAUUACUUUUAAAUCACCAUCAUCCCUCUGUUUCACUUUAUCAUCAUCAAGCAAAGCAUUCAUUUCAACAUUCUUCAUCUGAUAGUAUCUUUGCAGAAAACACUUGCCAUUUAAUUAAACAGGCAUGGCUUUCAUGA